AUGGCGGACACCAUCAACCCCAUGGAUACACUCCCCACCUCCCCAGACCGGGAUCUCUACUCAGUCUCCCCUGCGGAGACCUCAUUAGACUCUCCCGAGCCUGAAGAUGACAUCAAAGAAGAAGAAGAAGAUGAUGAGAAGAAACCCACAAAAAAGAGAAAGUCAUGGGGACAAGAACUUCCCACCCCGAAAACAAACCUCCCUCCUCGGUAUGUGCCUGAUGUCCAAAAUAUACGUAAGAGGUUCGCCCCCGCUGACGGUUGUAGCAAACGCGCCAAAACAGAUGAUGAGAAGGAGCAGCGGCGGAUAGAACGGGUUCUCCGGAACCGCGCUGCCGCUCAAACAUCCCGCGAGCGCAAGAGACUCGAGAUGGAGAAGCUCGAGACCGAGAAGAUCCGCAUGGAGCAGCAGAACCAGUUCCUCAUCCAGCGUCUCUCUCAAAUGGAGACCGAGAACAACCGCCUCAACCAGCAGGUGGCUCAACUCUCCGCCGAGGUCCGUGGUUCUCGCAGCGCGACUCCCAAGGCCAGCUCUCCUGCGGUCGAAUCUCCCACUCUCACCCCCACCCUCUUCAAACAAGAAGGCGACGAGCUCCCCAUGGAGCGCAUCCCCUUCCCCACCCCUUCUGUGACCGACUACUCCCCCACCCUCAAGCCCUCCACUCUGGCUGAGGCCUCCGACGUGACACAACAUCCUGCUGCGGUGUUGUGCGACCUGCCGUGUCCGUCGCUGGCCUCGAAGGAGCCGGUGCUCUCCCCCUCUUCGACCUCUCCGACCCUCAACCUGCCAAUGAUGUGGCAGCUCCUCUUUCUGACGAUGACUUCCGUCGCCUGUUCCACGGUGAUUCACCCGCUGAGCCAAAUCCUUCUUUCCCUGAAGACGGGUUUGCCUUUGACGUUCUCGACGGAGGAGAUCUAUCGGCAUUUCCCUUUGAUUCUAUGGUUGAUUUCGACCCCGAGUCUGUCGUCCUCGAAGGCGUCCCCGGUCUUUCGGAUGAGACUCCUCAUCAGACUGCUAGCGUGCAGCCCAGCCAUGGCGCGUCCACUUCGCGAUGCGACGGGCAGAGCAUUGCAGCUAGCGGUUAGUGAGCGGUUCUCUUCGAGACGGUCGGCUGGCGCCCCGGAGGCUCGACCGAGUUGGGAGUUGUUAUUGACCAUGGCCUGGGCCCUCGAUAGUCUCAGUUCGUCGACACGCAACCAGCGGAACAAACCUGGACGGCAACGCAGUAAUGGAAAGAUGCAUCGGGCACGGAGUUUCCGGAGUUCUAGCGUGAGCACCCUUGUGAGGAAGCACCGCUGA